GGACUUGUGCAACCCUUGGAAGUACCUAAAUGGAAGUGGGAUUCCAUCUCGAUGGAUUUUGUUGGAGGGUUACCCUUAACUAAAUCAGGAAGAGAUAAGAUUUGGGUAAUCGUUGACCGAUUAACCAAAACUGCAAGAUUUAUUCCCAUGAAUGAAACUUGGAGCAUGGACAAGCUCGCCAAAGCCUAUGUGAAAUACGUGGUCAAACACCACGGAGUACCUCAAGACAUCAUAUCGGAUCGAGAUUCACGAUUCUUAUCUCAAUUCUGGAAGGAAUUACAAACGGCUAUGGGGACAAAAUUGAAGUUAAGUACUGCUUUUCAUCCAACCACGGAUGGGCAGACCGAAAGAACAAUCCAAACGUUAGAAGACAUGUUGAGGGCAUGUGUUCUUGAUUUGCAAGGAUCAUGGGAUGAGCACCUAGACUUAAUAGAGUUUUCGUACAAUAACAGUUACCAUGCUAGCAUCGGAAUGGCCCCGUACAAAGCUCUAUACGGUCAAAAGUGUAGAAGUCCCUUAUGUUGGGGUGACAUUGUCGAUCAGGUGGUUCUAGGACCACAAUACUUGCAAGAUACCAUAGAGAAAGUCAAAGUCAUCCAAGAGAGGAUGAAGGCUGCCCAAGACCGACAGAAAUCAUAUGCCGAUCUUGGGAGGAAGCCAGCUGAAUUCGAGAUAGGGGAGAAAGUUCUACUCAAAGUCUCUCCUACAAGGGGAGUAAUGAGGUUCGGGAAGAAAGGGAAACUAAGUUCGAGGUUCAUCGGACCCUACGACAUCCUAGAGAAGGUGGGAAAAGUGGCAUAUCGAUUAGCUCUACCCACAGAGUUGGAUAAGGUAACAAACGAUUUUAAAACAAGAUAAUUUUCAACGAUUAGAUUUCAUCCUUAACAUACAGAGUUGUGCUAGGUACAUAACUUCUUUAACGUAUCACAAUUAAAGAAGUACGUUCGAGAUGAGUCACAUAUCAUCAAUCCUGAGGUAAGAGACCCUAAACUUAACAUGAACCAAAGUAAACUGGAAAUAAUAUAAGUUAACCCUUAUAUUAUUAGGUGAUUGAAAUGGAUGAGGCGUUAUCCUACGAAGAAAAACCCGUAGAGAUCCUUGAUACUAAAACCCGAGAGACGAGGAAGAAGAAAGUUAAGAUGGUAAAAGUACUUUGGUCAAACCAUUUGACCGAGAAUGCAACAUGAGAGACAGAAGAGGAUAUGCGUAAACGGUAUCCUGAACUGUUCAACUAAGGUAAAUAUUGGGUUACGAGGACGUAACCUUUCCUUUAGGGGGGCAGGAUGUAACAUCUUAUAAACUUGUAAUACCUCAUCUUCAUACUGAAUUCUCGUCUUAGUUUAUGCUUCGAGGACGAAGCAUUCUUUAAGGAGGGUAGAAUGUGAUACCUUGAAAAUUUGAAAUAAAAAUAAAUAAAUAAAUAAAUAAAUCAGAUAAGUUAUAUCUGAUAAAUCAAAUGAAAGUAAUAUAAAAAU